UGAAAGGGUCCUAGCUUGGCCUGUUCUUAGGGCUAUGGUGUAUGGACUUAUUGCCAAAAACAAAUUGUUGUUGCUGGGCUUGGCAGUGCUGAAAUGAACUCUAUAUGCAUUUAGCUGCUUGUACCCUAUUGUGCCCUGAUUUUGGAAUUUGCAAGUAAAUUGUAGACACUCCUACAUACAACAUGUCUCCCAUCUGCAAGACAUGCAUCCUCCUUUCCACCCCCAUCCAUUUCAACCUCCCAGGCCAAACCAGCUACCAAUCAGAACUCUUGCACCCUUCUUUCCAUCUCUCUUUGACUCCCACUUCCCUCCAUCCCAUCCCAUCCUCCCUCCCCCCUCAUCCCCAAACAGCAUCCUACAUACACUGCUCUUUGUUCUCAAUUGAGUUUGCUCAGCUCAUUAUCAUCCAAACACCAAACACCCAUCAGAUCUUCCUCCUCAUUCCAUCCCUCAUCUCACUUCAAGUUUUGACUUGAUACUUGCCACACUACAUCACCACUUGGCUGCCAUACAUACUGCAUAGUUGUACCUUGGUGUAAUAGUCGCACUGCUCCCCUGUCCGCUCUACGCACCCCAACCCGUAAAGCUGCCUACUACUUAACACACUUACAUCCUUCGUCGUAUCAUGCCGAUUGGAUACGUCACCGACUCCGACAAUGACACAGAUCAGUUGGACGGUGGAGCAAGUGAGUCAGACUGCGAUGAUAAAAUUAUUCCCGGGGCCCUCCAAAGUGCCAACUGUCGUGUAUGGUCUAUUCGCGAACUUUACAGCAGAAUGAAUAAUAACACCAUAGACGUCGCACCCCCCUAUCAGCGUGAUGUCGUAUGGACCAAACCUUCUCAAUCUGCCCUUAUCGAUUCGAUAUUAAAAAACAAAUGGGUCCCAACGCUACUCUUCAGUGAACGGCCGGCUUGUGUUGAUCGCCACGGAAAAAAACGCAAAGCGAGAUGGGUUUGUAUGGAUGGCAAGCAACGCUUGACCAGUAUCAAACUCUUCCUCGAUGGGGUAAUUCCUUGGUACAUCAAGCCGAAACAGCCGCUUUUUUUCAAACAAUCCAAUCCACCACAGCCCUCAAGGAAGCUUCUGACAGAAGAGCAGCAAGAUGUCUUUCUUAGUCGUGGGCUUACUGCUGCCAUGUAUAAUCAACUCACUGAACUUCAAGAGCGCGAUAUCUUCAGAUUAGUCCAGGAGGGAAAACCUCUGACGGCGGGUGAGAAGAUGCACGCUUCUUCCGGACCAUGGGGAGUCUACGUUGACGAAUUGACUGAGAGAUACAUGGUUAGGAACGAGGAUCAUCCUAACGGUUGGUGCGGGAGAAUAGCAAAUCUUACACGUGGUUCUGAUUUCAAAACUAUGGCACAGAUUGUUAUUAUGAUACGGGAUAGAAUAUAUAAUUCGCCCGAUCCCCCUCGUUUUUUGACAACCGUGAAGGUUCAGAAAGAGCUGGAUAUCCUGUCCCAAACUGAGGUCCCCGACAAGCUGAAGCGCGAAAUUGAACAAGUGCUGGACUACUUUAUGGAUCUCUCGACGCUUGCGCCUCCAAUGACUCCAUACACCAUCGUAUUAGGAACCCCUGACGCCCUAUUUUACCCAAUUCAAAAGGGCAAAAAGACAAUGAUAGCUCCUGUCGAGAUGGUUUGGAUUCCUUACUUGAUUGCGGUUCAUGCUAAAGAACUUACAAGGGGUAAGGUAUUGGAGAUGGUUGAACUGUACAAAAUUGAUGUUCGAAAAAAGUAUCCCAACGAAGUCAAAAGUAAUGCUCCACUCACGGCUUGGACCGCAAACUGGAUUGAAAACUUUGAUCUGGCAAGACUACAAGGUAAAUACCAGGGUUGGUUUGUCCCUCGUCCAACCCCUCAACCUGUAUUUCAAGACGAAACCAAACCUGAAGGCUCGGGAUUGCGAGACAUGGCCAGGCGUAAUCUAUCGAUUCAAACCGCUGCUAAGAGAGACGCGCCUACCCCAGACCCAACACUUGCCUCGAGCCCCUGUACAUCGACAGCGUCUCUACCCAAGAGACCCCGCCGCUCUAUUCCGGGACCUGCUGGCCAAGGCGCCGCUAAGUCCCCCACCAUACCAUUUCAGCCAAAUCGCAAUUCAUUGCCGAAAGACUCCACACCAUCCAUGCGUCCGGUGGCUCAAACCCGCUCUAGCACGAACUCCAGCGCGGGCAUACCACCUACCAGCGAUGCUCUCAAAGCACGAGCGUUGGCUCAACGAGCUCAAGCCGUAGUCGCAUGGAGCCCGAAUCUGAUGGGUAAUGGCCAGCAGUCCACCGCUAGCUCGUUACCGAGCCAAACUAUCGCGUAUCACGCGACCGACUCUGGAGCUGUUCGACCUGGCGCUCUGCCCCAGAACGGCCCCCGCCUCGUUCCAAAUUAUCCUAGCCGCCCAUCUAACUUUUUGCUACCCAACAAACCGAUGUCGCCCAACAUGUCAGCAAUUCCGCAACAGCAAACCAAUGGAAACACACAUGUUCUCCAAUCGGCCUCAACAACUCAUCCCAACAUCCCUAAUUGGCUCUGAAAGGGAUCUGUGUAGAACUUCCAUACUCACACAUCUUCAGAACAUGCAUCACAAAAAAAAACAGUCAAGCAUUUCGUGCUCAUUUUGAACCGAAGCCCAGCAAAUCAACUUCACAACAUAAUGUCUUGACAGUUUCCUUUUUGGAUUAAAUCUCACUACAUAUUCCUUCCGUUAUUCCUUCUGAUCCCGUCGCAUUUUAUCAUCCAUUUUCAAAACAUCAAAAGGACCGUUUUCUAGUCCAGACAAUUCAUCGUUGAUUGUGAAAUUGUACGAUUACUUUUAUAUGACCUAGACGUUUUGUUCAUCAGUGGGUAACCAAUUCAAGCAACCCCCUUUGAAUCAUUCCUUUGGAGUCUGCUCUGCAUGUACUUUGGCUGGGACUUGGUUUUUCUCUUUAGG